UAACCUGUUUAACUUAAUCCUUAUCUCACACACAUGAAUCAUAAAUCCCCACCACUUCUCUGUUUUUUUCAGAUAGACUAAGGAGAGUAGUGCCUCUCUCACCUUCCUCUCCACUUGUCCGUCUCUCCUCUCCCUCCUCAAAUACACACACUCUCUCCCUCCGUCUGCUUCUGGAGCAAGAGCUGGCUGCUUUCUCUCUUACACAAUCUGCAUCUUUGAGCCUUUCUGACAUAUACGCGCCCCCUCUGCCUUCCUGCUGCUUUCUUUUUGCUGUCUUUCCAUCGACCCCAUACCUCACCAGAGGAGCCAGUCUGCUUCUCCCGGGAUACAAAAAAAGGAACAGUAGCAGAGAUUAUUGGCAGAGAAGACCAUUACCACAAAAACAGGAAAAAGGAAGUGGGCAGUGACCUGUGCGAGAGGGAACUGGAGUCGAACAGCUGUGGCUCAACAGUUUUUGGAUGUUGGGAUCAGAAAACCAUAUCUGGGAGAAAAAUAAGAGCAAGGAAAAAAAACUGAGACGGAGAACCUGUUGGAUUCACACCUGAGGGGGAAAACCCUCUAUAAUCUGAGGACGAAAAAGAGACAAGAAAGACAUUUUGGUGAUAAAACUCCACACUUGGAAUGACUUGGACUUUUUUUCUUCUUUUGUAAGCAUAAAGCCCAAAGUCUUAGCAAAAGCCGAGGUUCUUCAAUAAUCUAAUUCUGAAAUGUUCUGGGAUCAGACUUUGAAAGUGUCCUUGGAAUUCCAUCUUUAGGAUACUUGUUCAGGAGAUUUCCUCAGGCUUUCUGAUUCCCAGAAAAGGUUCAGUCAUAAGCUUUGGAAGAAAUAGCUACAUUGAUGAAAACAAUUGUUUCUGGACAGAAAUAGUAGCAGGACUCAGGAAGUGUUGAAUUUCCUGGAGUUAAAGUAGACUUUCAGCGUCAUCGAACAAGUACGCAAUCUCUAGAGGAUUUGGGGUUCACCAAGACAAGAGUCAAACCAGACAAUGGCGUGGCUCCAGGUGCAGACAGCAGGACUUCUUCUCACCUUGGCGCUCCAAUUCUUUGUCAUCAUCGCUCCAGACACUGGUCUUUCUGGGACGGUACCAGAAAGACGAGACUCGGUUGACAUUGUGAAGAAAGAGUCCCAUCCGGUGCUGGUCAGACAGAAGAGGGAUUGGAUAUGGAAUACCAUUUCUGUGACAGAAGAGAGAGAGGCACCCAUCCCUUACAAGAUAGCACAGCUUCGGUCAGACCGAAAAGUGGCAGUGAGGACGUUUGCAAUCGAAGGUGAAGGAGUGAACCAAACCUUUAUUGUGGACAACAAAGGAAACCUGUAUGUCAAGGACCGUCUGGACAGAGAGAAGAAGGCCUUGUAUCAUCUGACGGCCAGGAUGUACGAUGGAAACGGCCUGCUGAUAGAGGACGCUGGGGAAUUUGAUAUCGAAGUGAACGAUAUCAACGAUAACUGCCCAGUUUUUCAAGAAGAGUACAAAGGAUCUGUCAUGGAGAGAACAAGGGAUACAGUGGUUCAAGUGAAGGCAAUUGACGCAGACGACCCAAAUACAGACAAUGGACAGGUCAGGUACACUCUCCCCAAUGGCCAGACUUCUGGUUUAUUUGAAAUCAACUAUGAAACAGGUGUGAUCACCUCCAAGGUAAGCAGCCUGGAUCGGGAGACAAAGAGUCAGUAUGUGGUGGUGGUCCGGGCUCAGGACAUGAAAGGAAGGGAGUCUGGCUGCAUUGCCACCACCUCAGUGGCCAUCACCAUCACUGACGCCAAUGACAACAUAGCAUCUUUUACCAAAAGAAAAUAUGAAAUAAGUAUCCCAGAAAACCUUAAAGUUAAUGAGAAGAUUGGCGUGCUGGAGUUAAUAGACUUAGACGAGGACGAGAACAAGCAGCCCAUCUUCUCUAUUCCAAGUGGUACUGGAAAUGUAUUCAGCACCGAACCCAGUAAGGAUAACGACUGCAUACUGGUGCUCAAACAGGCUUUAGACUACGAGACGCAGAACAACUACACUUUCACUGUUAGGGUGGAGGAACGGCUGGAAUUUGCUCCAGCAGAAAAUCUUAAUGUUGCAAAUACAACAGCACAGGUGACCAUCAAGGUGACGGAUGUGGACGAGCCGCCGGUUUUCACUCUCUCCGUCUAUAACUUCAGUGUUCCAGAGGAGCAGAUGGAAAAAACAAUAUUAGGGAGAAUCCAAGCCAGAGACCCGGACGGAAUCAGGAAUCGCAUAAAAUACUCCAUUCUGGAAAUGGGCUUACCCUUUAGGAUUGACCCGACCUCUGGUCAGCUGUCGGUUCUGAGCAGGCUGGACAGAGAGGUGGAGGAGCAGCACAUGUUUAAGGUUAAGGCGGAAGAGGAGAAUGGCGGCCUGGCAUCAUUUGCUGAGGUUUUUGUAAAGGUUCUGGACAUCAAUGACAAUCCACCUGAACUGACUGCCAACGAUAUCUUUGUGUGUGAAAACGACGUCAGAAACACGGUGAUCGGUAUCUUGGGAGCUUCGGACAAAGACGAUCAAGCAGCUCACUUCACUUUCAGUCUUGCUCGUCCCAGCUCCAACUUCUCCAUCAGAGACCACGACAAUAACACGGCUGCUUUAUUGGUGAAGGAGGGCCCCUUCAACUUGGAGGAUUCCAGUGAAUACAGUGUGGAAGUGCUCAUCAGUGAUGGAGGCCAGCCUGUCAUGAGCAGCAACACCAAACUGCAAAUCAAGUUAUGCCAGUGUGACACCAAGCGAAUUUUUUCAAGAUGUAAGGCCAGUAUGCAGAGGAUGGGGGUCAGCAUCCAUGCCCUGAUUGCCAUACUGCUGUGCAUACUGACCAUACUAGUGAUAGUGAUCCUGUUUGUGAUGAGGAAACAUUACCAGAAGGAUUCUUUGGCCAGUAUGAAGAACAGCGGUGAGAUCCAUGAGCAGCUGGUCACAUAUGAUGAGGAAGGAGGAGGAGAAAUGGACACAAAUGGCUACGACGUUUCAAUUCUCACCUCAGCGUGUAACGACAGCUCCCUGCUCCGCCGCCCCGACCAGCGUUCCCACUCCUCCAUGUACGCCAUGGUCCAGAAACCCCACCAGCUCUCUCAGCCCACAGCCUGCAAAGGCGACAUGGCAGCCAUGAUCGAUAUGAAGAAAGACGAGGCCGACCACGACCGAGACGGAUUCCCUUAUGACACUCUACACAUCUAUGGCUACGAGGGACCAGAGUCUCUGGCGGGAAGCCUCAGCUCUAUGGACAGUUCCUCCUCAGGAUCAAACUUGGAUUACGACUUCCUCAAUGACUGGGGGCCGAGGUUCAAGACACUGGCUGAGCUGUACGGUGCGGACGGUGCCAACUACUACCAUCAGUACUGAGAGCAAAUGUGACAACCCGCCCGCCGAGUGCCUCACUGGUUCACAUCUUGUGUGUCGGUAGUUGAAAAUAGUCAUAGAAAGAGAAGCAGGAAACAGAAAACAAGAACAUCUACUUCCAGCAGGCAGACAGCCAAGCAUCCCCAAGACACUUUGCCAAACACAAUUUAGUUUUUUACUCUGUUGUCACGUACAUUUGUGUUUCUGUCUCUUAUCUAUUCACUCACUAAGCAAUCUUCAUCAAAAUCCAGGAGGUUCCAACACGAUAAAUGAAGGUGACAUCAAAAAAUGUACCCAUUUUCACCUUGUUUUCACUCGUGAUGGAACAUCGGAGCAUUCUAUGGAUGCAACAUGAGGUUCAGCAACCAGUCAAAUGACUUAACCUUUCUCUUUCACCUGAAAACACACGCUAACAGAUGAAAGGUUGCAGAAUUUAGCCAGUUAGAAUUAGCAUAACCAAAGCCAUGCACUGACAUUUUAAAACAACUUCAAUAUUUGCUUAUGCUCACUCUAUUUUAAUGAACAUUUGCAUAGAGCCAUUAUUUCUUAAAAAAGAUCUUCCUCAGUGAAAUUUACUUUAAAAAUGGAACAUAUAGCGUUUUCUGUCUGGAGUAAAUGUUUUAAAAUGAGUCUGUGUGAAAAACCAAGAUGUUACAGAAAUCAAUAUGAUUUACUGAUUUACUAGGUUUUGUUCAGGGAACUAGCCUGCAGGCUGCUGCUUGUUGGUUUUAGUGUGACAAGUGUCAUUUUGAAACAACUUGACUUUGCAAAGAGGCGUGGAUCAGGAUUUUAUUUUAUGCUCUAAAAAGUCAAGAAACACGUCAAAAUAAGACUUUCUUUGGUUUCUCACUAAAGUGCAGAGGUUGUCGGGAUGGUGUGAUACAAAACUCUUGGUGUUUUAAAACCUUAACUUUUGUAAUUGUUUGUACACUUUGUAAGCCUAAUCAAAACUGGGAUCAUGGAUUUGUUCAUGUUCCUCAUGUUUGUAUUUGCUUUUACUCCAAUAUGAAAGAACUUUUUUGGUUACACUCAAAGUGUUGCUGAUGAAUCCCACAAUCAUAAACUCUUGGACUUAAUGUGAUUUUAUUUGAAGGAUGAAACCGCAUAGACUUCCUAACGUUUCUAACAUGGACUCUUAUCUAAGAGAGAAAGUCUUAUAUUGGUUUCAAUCCUACUUGGAAUGUAACACACUCCAAGUGAAAGCAACACUUUUCUGAACUUUUUUCUUUUCAAAUAGGAUUGCUUGGGGAUUUUAAUGUUCAAAAAAAAUCACAGGCAUUUGAGCUGUGAGGGUUUGGAGGUGUUUGAUCACAGCGAGGUGCCGGCUGGCUUUUCUUUAUCUGAGACAUUAUUACCGUUCAGCCCUGAGCUCCCACUGUGAGGUCCAGUGGGUUUUCACAGUGAUAUUUAAUGUCUUCAUGGAGCAAAUGAGUUAUUUUUGUUCUUUUUCAUUCACCGUUGGGUGUCUCAGCAGCAGUCAUGUUUAACUGUUGACAUGAGUUAAAUUUAGCCCAUAUUUUGAUUUGUAUGAGUUAAAACCUGAACAGAAACCCAGUUUGGUUACCAAAGUGCUGUUUGCCUUCAUGAGCCAGACUUCCUCUGUGCUGAGAGAGAGCAAAACCAGACAAUAGAAAGACAGAAAGGAAAUGGCUCUACUGCUGCUCUGACAGAAUUACAGCUUGUUUCUGGCUUUUUUGACAUAACUCGUCAUCACAGCUAGGGUUAGGGUUAACCCUAGCCCUUGUGAUGAAAGCUGAGUCCUCAGAGGUAGAGUCAAACAAACCUAAGGGACUCAGAUCAGGAAGCACAGAGCAGCAGCAGCAGCUUGUUGGGCUGCAGCUAUGUGCCUGAUGUGCUUUGAUAACUUUAACCUCUCACCCUCUUCGGCUUCUGUCCGCUCAUCAAACCUCCAACCUAAAAUCAAUGUUUUCUUUGGCUGAUUAUUGAUCUGUGCCUCAGAUUUGUUUUUAAGAACAUCAUUCAAAAUAUUUUUGAAUUCCUGAAAUGAGUCAGUAGUUCAUGUGAAAAAUGGUGUCGUCCGUCUCACCAUGUCUGAAAGAGCAGUCACUGUAAAAGAGAAUUUUAAUGCACCAUUACAUAUCAGCAAUAAAAGUUGUAGUGGGUGAUAUUUGUCAAUUUUUUGCAUAUCAGUAUUGGUCUGAUUAAUACACAUUUUCAUCAAAUUAGUACAAAUUUCCAAUUUAAGCCAUAGACAACAACCUGCUAAGUCACCAUGUUAAGCUGGCUGUUUUUGCUAGAUUAAAACCAGGUGUGUACAUUUGUAUUCACCUGACAAUCUCCUAACUUUUCCUUAAAGAUUUGACAUUAUUUCUAAAUACUUCAUGAUUCCUGACAGAAGGUUUAAACCUGAACAGGCAGCUCUGUUUAGCCUUCCUGUUAUCUCCUGAAACAGACUGUCAUCAUAGUAGCUAUUUGUAUUCAACAUGCUGAAUACGCAACUUCUGCAUGGAUUCCUCCAACUCUGUUGUGCUUUCAUUUCAUUUCAGAUACUUUUAUACUGAAAGCUAGCUUCUCGCUGUCUUCAGUCAGUAAUAGCAUCCAUACCAAAGAGUUUUGACCUCAAUGUGACUUGGCAGUGCCUUUGUUCUAUUUUUGUCUUUCUGCCUGGUGAGGGACUAAGCAGAGUCAAACAAGUUGAAAUUUGUCCAAUUCUGGUUUCAAGUCAAUUUCUUGUUGCAGCUUUUGUUGAUUUUUAGUGCAGUUUUGGAAAAUAAUCAAGAUUUUGUAGGGUACAAAAUGCAGUUUUAAGAAUCUUGAAGGCUUUGUGGAGAUGCAUAGCUAUCAAUGUUGAAUUCCUCCUGCUCUUAUUAUUGCCACUUAUUUUUUUCCACACCUUGCAGAUACACUUGAAUGGAAAUAUGAUUCAGUCACUUUGUUAAAAACAUCAACAGAGUGACAGAUAAUCAAUAGAUAAAUGAGACCAAAGCAGCUAUUUGCUCUUUCUCAGAACAGUUUAUAUGGAGAAUGGAAAGGAAACGUAAAGUCACAUUUUUAUUUUUGUGUUGAGUUUCAUGCUGUAACAAAUCAAAGUUACAAAUCAGUCUCAACUAAUCCCUUCCUGUCUAUAGAUUACAUUUGCAGUAUAUAUCUCCAUCUGAAUAACUGGUAGCAACAAAUCAUUCAAAAUGUCUCUCUGUCUUUUCUUUGGGACAUUUUGAAUGAAUGUCCUCUGCUGGGUUUCUGGCUCCUUAACUGGAGUAAUCAGGAGUAACUACUCCCCCACAGACCUCCUGACCUUUAACCCUGUCCUGUGGAGCAACUGGCUGAGAGCAUUACCAUUUAAAUAAUAACAAGCUGGUCAUAAAUGAUGGCUUCUGCCAUUAAAAACUCAUUCAUAACUAGCCAGAAAGCGAAAAGGCCACUAACUGUGUGCAGUAAUGACAUCAUGCCGUUGUUCUGAAAAUUCACUUUGUGCGUUACUGAUUUGUUCAGAAAUGUAUUUUUUUCUCUCCAGCUUUAGUUUAUUUGCUCUGCUGUUUAUUCUGUUUUUCUUGGCCUGCAGUGCUUCUUUAAAAGUCGGACCUGCUGGGAAUGUCACAGGAUAAAUGUGGGAACAAUAGCUGGAAGCCAACUCUUUGCUUACUUCACUUUUAUAUUUAUAUUCAAUGAGAGCAGAAUGUUUCUCAACCUUGCUCUGUGUGCCCCCUUCCUCCUUUUUUGUCCUUUAAUCAGCUAAAGCAAACAGUGGACCGAGCUUCCUGUCCAUCUGGGGGCUGGCCCCGCCCCUUCCUGCCUGCAUUAUCUCUUGUAUUGUGUUGGCUUCCUGUUAGAGGGGGUGGGAAGUGUCUUGGAGGGGAAGAGGGAGUGAGGGAAUGAUGGGAAGGGACGUGAUUCAGAAGGGCUAAGGAGGGACAAGGAGAGAGGAGAAACACUAAAGAACAAAAUGUCUGAUGAUAACACAGAAAACAUGAGAAAAACUUUCUUUAUGAAGCAAUACAUUUCUUUUCAGAAAUCAAAAUUUCAAAUGAAUCUUAAAAAUAAGGUCAGAAAUUAUUAUGAAAUAUACAUGAAAAUUUAGAAACAGUUUUAGGCCAUAAAAACAAAAGGACCAAAGUUGGAACAAAACACUGGACUGGAGCUUUUGGACCGGAGGUUUUAUUGGCUCAGUUUGAUAGUGAAUUGACAGGAAAGCGGGUAAUGAGAGAAGGGGAGACAUGCGGCAAAGGUCACCAGGCCGGGAAUCGAACCAGCAACGGCUGUGUCGCGGACUAAGGCAUCCUAAGGCCUAACUAUGGGGUGCUAUGCGUCACCAUAGGACCCCUGGGCUGGAGCUUUGAAAUCCCCACAAUUUAUCAGAGUUAUUUUGACAUAUUUUAGAACUCACUAUGCUCUUUAAUCUGUCAUGUAUUGUCAUCAUUUAUGUAUUUACACUUGUUUUUGUGUGUAUAUCUAAAACAUAGAAAAGAAUCUGUCAGACACCACACAAGUUGAGUAUGUUUUUUUUCAUCAAGAAAUGUUUGCUGCACAGUUUUAAUGCAGAAAAUGUAAAGAAGUUUUUAAAGGAUGAAGAUAAGAUAUUGAAUGCACCUUUUGUUUUACAAAUGUGAUUUGUGUGUUAGUGUAUGCAUUCGGUUUGAAUGAUUGUCGUUUCACAAACCGUAGAGAUUUGGAAAUGAGCUCACAACUUGAGAAAGAUUUUUAUUUUCCGUAAAAAUCUUAAGCAAAAUUAGGGGAUUUUUAAAUGUCAUGGCAAAAGCAGUUAACAUCUCAUUAAUGUUAGUAUAAAACCAAAUUAGUUGGUCUUGAAGGAAGGCAAUGGCUAAUCGAAGAAGACUACAGUGUGAAAAGUGUCCUAUUGCAAACAUUAUUUUAAACCUUUGACAUGCGCAUUCACAGGUUAUUAGUAAAGAAGCCACAAACAUGUAAACAGAAAGUGGAGUUUACAUUUUGGGAAAAUAGAACAUGUAAAACAUUUCAAUUCAAUGUGACAACUUAAACGGAGAAGCAUUGCAAAAAUCUAUGGAGUUCACUUGAGCUGCUGUAAUUAUUAUUUUUGCUUCUUACGUUAUAUAGACAGCUACUGUAACUGGACAUACCAUUUUCCUUCUCAGUUUGUUUCACAUAGGAAGAUCAUCAGUGGCACACAACCUGCAACCUCUAUUUGUCAUAAUAAUCAGUGACUUCUGUGUAAAUAGCUACCAAAUUGAAAUAUGACUGUGAUUCAUAUGAUUUGAAGGUUGAUAAAUAGCUUUUGCAUAAGCUGCCCUAAGAUUUUUGAAAAUUUGAGUUGUUCAAACCAGUAGAAGCCCACUUUUGUCUUGGUCUGCCUUUAGUUUGACCUUCUGUUUUAAUAUGACUUUAUAGCAACUGAAGAUACUAAGAGUUAUUUUUCUCCAUAUAACCUUUUCGAAAAAUAUCCAUUAAAAGUAGCUAAAACA